GUGAAUGAGAUUGAAGAAGAGUUCUUGUUUUGUAUCUCAGUUUCUCUCUUUUUUUUUAAAGACAAAUUUGAAAAAAAAAUUAAAAAAACACACAAGGGGGAAAGCAAAAAUAUCAGUUUGUACUCCAUGGAGGGUAUUUUAAUCUUUGCGUUGUGAAUUAGUAUCCGUGAGAGGAUACAGGCUUAUAGAGGCUGGGGUGUUUGUAAAUAUUUAUUUAAAUAAUUGUGUGUGAGAGAGGAGAGGAGGGCUGACUGCUGCUCAAGUGAGUGAAAGAGGAGGCGUUUCCUGUCUUUCGGGGAGCUGGAGAGAAGAAACCAGUGAACAGCCAGGUGGCUGAAAGCUCCCCAGGACUGAACUUCCGAAAGAAGAGAUUAAGGAUGGAAUUGCAGACAUUACAGGAGGCAUUGAAAGUGGAAAUACAAGUCCAUCAGAAACUAGUUGCCCAGAUGAAACAGGAUCCUCAGAAUGCUGAUCUGAAGAAGCAGCUACAUGAACUUCAAGCCAAGAUCACGGCUCUGAGUGAGAAGCAGAAGAAAGUGGUGGAACAGUUGCGGAAAGACCUGCUGGUGAGCAAGGAGCAGCCCGAAGUCAAACUCCAGGCCCAGCCGGCCCUGCCGCCCCCCCCGCCGGGCGACGGCAAGCACGCGCCCCCCGCGCCGGCGCCGACGGAGGCCAAGGCCCUGGUGCAGCCCGCCCCCGCCCAGCUGCCGCUGUCCCUGCUGGCCCAGAACGCCCCCGCGCAGCAGAAAACGGUGACGGUAACGCCGGUCAUCGCCACCAAGACUCUACCUCUCGUGCUCAAAGCUGCCGCCCAGACGAUGCCCGCCUCCGUCGUGACGCAGAGGCCCACUGUCGCCAUGGUGACCGCGAUCAGCAACACGCAGAAAACCAGCGCCAACACGGACAUGCAGAACGCGCCCAUCAAUCUCCAGACUUCCAGCAAGCUUGCCAGUCCCGGCACCGAGGCCGUGAGGAUAGUGUCCAAAAACGCUGUCACAUUAGUGCAGGCAACAACCACUGCCCACACUAUCAAAGUUCCUCAGUUUAUCCCUCCUCCCCGACUGACGCCUCGACCCAACUUUCUGCCACAGGUGCGACCCAAGCCCAUAACGCCCAACAAUGUGCCCAUUGCCCCCGCGCCGCCCCCCAUGCUGGCGGCCCCCCAGCUCAUCCAGAGACCGGUGAUGCUGACCAAGGUGACGGCCACCUCCCUGCCCACAGCCACGGGCUCCAUCCACCAGGUGCGCAUCAUGAACGGGCAGCCCUGCGCCACCAUCGCCAAAACCAUCUCUCCGGCGCAGCUCACCAGCAUCGUCAUCACCGCGCCGGGCACCAGGAUAGCGGGGUCGCAGACCCUGCAGAUCAGCAGCGCCAACACAGACGCCAAGACUGUUAAAGUUCAGGGCGGGACCGAGGACAAGUCGCCAGUGACCGUCUCUCCUUCUCCACCUCCUCCUGCCCCGGCUCCCCCCAAGCCCAAGCGAGAGGAUAACCCGCAGAAACUUGCCUUCAUGGUGUCCCUGGGAUUAGUGACGCACGACCAUCUUGAAGAAAUCCAGAGCCGGAGGCAGGAGCGCAAGCGAAGGACUACUGCCAAUCCUGUAUACAGCGGAGCAGUGUUUGAGCCCGAGCGCAAGAAGAGUGCAGUAACGUACCUGAACAGCCCCAUUCACCAAGGGACGAGGAAGAGAGGUCGCCCACCUAAAUUCAACAGCGUUCCAGAGCUGGGGUCCCUCACCCCGACCUCCCCCCCAUCCAGCCUGCCUUCAUCCCCGGCCCACGAAAAGACGGAGAUUGGGGGGUUUCACUUCCCAGUGCUCUCCCAGAAUCUCCCUCUGCCCAGUCCCAACUCCGGGGAUGGAGACAUCCAUGAGGAUUUCUGCACUGUGUGCAGGCGCAGUGGACAGUUACUCAUGUGUGACACGUGUUCACGCGUCUAUCACCUGGACUGCUUGGACCCACCCCUGAAAGCCAUUCCCAAAGGCAUGUGGAUCUGUCCAAAAUGUCAAGACCAGAUUUUGAAGAAAGAAGAAGCGAUUCCCUGGCCGGGUACAUUGGCUAUCGUUCAUUCCUACAUCGCGUAUAAAGCAGCGAAAGAGGAGGAGAAGCAGAAGCUGGUGAAGUGGAGCACCGAGCUGAAGCAGGAGAGAGACCUGCUGGAGCAGAAGGUCAAGCAGCUGAGCAAUUCCAUCACGAAAUGCAUGGAGACCAAGAACACGAUGCUGGCCCGGCAGAAGGAGAUGCAGGCCUCCCUGGAGAAGGUCAAGCGCCUGUUCCGCCUGGUCCAGGGCACGCAGGGCCCCACCAAACCCGCGGAGGGCGCCCAGGACGCGGAGGGGGUGGCCAACGGGACGGACGGCGGCGGCGGGGGCAGCAGGGAGGAGGACGACACGCGCAGCAACGGCAAAACCUCAGAGCCUUCCCAGCAGCCCGCUGUAACCCUCAGCAGCUCGGACACGAAAUAACCCCCCCCCCGCUGCCGCCACCGUCGCCGCCGCCAAGAGCAGAGGUCCUUGUGGGACGGGGAACGCCCGACGCUCGGAAGAGAACCCGCUCGCACCCGGAAGGUGCCUAAGUUGCCAAUCAAUAUAUAUACAUAUAUAUAUAUUUUUGUUGUCGUUGUGUAUUGUUGGACUGUGUCAACAGUAGAAUUGCAUCCAGAGUGCCAGCUUUGGGAAUCGAGAAAGGGAGGGGGAAGAAAAAAAGGGUGGCUUUUGUACCAGCGUCAUGCCAAUUGUUCAUUAAUUAAUUAAUGAGAAUAAUAAUUUACAAACAUCACACCAGUGUGUGCCUGCAACAAUCGCCAUGAGCCGCGUUCGGAGAUUAUUCCCGGGGGCGUCCUCGUUCCUUCGUUCCUCGGGGAGGAGUGUCCAGGUCGGAAAAGGCGUCGACGUGCCCAAGGACUGUUUAAAUCGCCGUGGAGUUCAGCUCGCGUCCCCAGCGCGGCUGUUGAGUUCCGGCGCGAAACCAAAAGAUCAGCAGACGGGGGGCGAAACGCCGGACAGUAUUUCUCGACGAGGGCUGGGGGAGGGGAGGGGGGCUCUCACGGAGGUAUUGCUGUCUUGUAGCUCACAGAACUGCGGCGCCGAGCGAGAUGACCAGCGAUCUCUCUCUCUCUCCCCCCCAACACCACCACCACCACCACUCUUCUCACACAGAACAGCAGGAGGGCCCCUCUGAGACAGCUUCACUCCUACACGGGAUGAACGUCCACAGCCGCCAGUACUGCUGGGGGGACCUGAUACACACAAGACAAACACUGACAGCAGCAGCACGUAAUGCUGAUCCUGCAGGAUUUAAAAAAAAAAAAAGAACUGGAAUCCGUUACAAAACUGACAGAGCAUCACCAGACCAUGCAUGGUAAUGUUUAUAGGAAAUAGUGUCAGUCCAAUAUAGUGAGUAUUUGUGAGUCAAGUGUGUCGACGUUCCUGACACUAAUAGCGAAACUGCAAGGACGCCAUCUCAAAAAAAUUAUUUAUUUCUGGGGAGUAUUUUUUUUAAUAGGAAAAAAUAUUCAGGUCUUCCUAGUGUUAUUUAAAAAAAAAAGAUCAAGAAAAUCUUUAAAAAACAAAAAAAGAAGAAAAAAAAGAAAAAAAGUGCUUUUUCUGUUUCCUAAAGUCAUUUCUAAUAAAAGGUGUUAGAACUGGAAUAGUUUCUGUAAAUAGUUUUCUUUUUUUUAAGAAAUGUUCUUUGUACAUAAAAUAUACUUACUGUCUGUUAAAUUCUGAACUGCCAAAUGCUAUUAUAUCCAAAUCCAGCAGGGAAGUGUCUUCUUAUAUCAUUUAAAAACAAUUAAAAAAUUCAAGAGGCUUGGUUUUCCAUUAAGUGAAAAGUUAAAUUAGGAGUCCCUGAGAGAGAGAAAAUGCAGACGGUUUUAUCUGAGUGUAUUAAAUGGAAAAGAAACCAAUUUAUCAGAAAAAUCCAUUUGUUCUUUUAGCAAUUGUCACUGCAAUGUAAAUAUGAAUGAGCCAGGCUGUUUUUACUAAGGUUUACAGUUUAUGGAUCUUGGCAAUUAAUUUGGGGAGUUGGGCUUGAAUCGUUCCCUGAAACAAAAGCACAAGCUUGUCUUAACAAUAAACCAUCUAAUAACA